UUCACAGUUUAGAUGAUGCAUUUAUACAGAGAGUUCAUUAUUAUUUCUCUAGGAGGACAAUCUUGUCACGUAUCUGCGGAAUCUGAUUCAGGGAAACUUCAGUGGCGACAGAGAUGGGCGGGGAGAGAGGCACAGAAUGUUUCUGCAAAGAUAUCCGUAUCAGGACGUGAAGGCAGGCUUUGCAGCAAGUUACAUACCAGCAGAGCUCUAUGGACACCUCCUGAAGUGGCUUGAAACCAACUUUACACGUCGUAUCCCAAAAGACAAAAGCUGCCGCUACACCAGCUCACUGACCACUGUCUUGGAUGUGCACAAUGUGGACGACAAACUCAAAGAACUGACUCUGCAGUAUAUGUGUGCAACAACACACUACAUUUUUUAUGUAGCAGUGAAAGAGGCGUGCUUGUACCUCACAGAGAAAUCCACAAAACUCAACUACAUGGAUCUCAAUAGAGAGUGCUCUGAAAUGGAGUCUUAGAGAGAAAGAGAGAGAGAGAGAGAGAGAGAGAGAGAGAGAGAGAGAGAGAGCGAGAGAGAGAGCGAG